AUGGUACAGCAUCCACACAAUGAUGCUCUGGUGGUGACUCUAAAGAUUGGUGACUGCCAAGUAAGGCAUAUAUUGAUUGACCAAGGCAGUUCUUGUGAUAUCAUAUAUGUUAGAUGUUACAAGGAACUAGGCCUUUAUCCAAAUGAUUUAGAACAGUCCAACAGUCCGAUGGUUGGAUUCAAUGGGACGCCAACAUGGCCUCUCGGAGCAAUGAAUUUAGAGGUGCAGGCAGGCACCAAGAAGGUAAACAUAGAAUUCAAGAUGAUUGAUACCCCCUCCCCUUAUAAUGCUAUUUUGGGAAGACCGUGGCUACACGCAAUGAGGGUUGUACCCUCAACACUGCACCAGCUGUUGCGAUUUCCAACAGAGCAGAGGAUUGAGGAAGUCAGAGAAGAUCAGGUGCAGACAAAGAAUUACUUCAUGGUAGAAAUGAAAUCCAACUGCAAUGUGCGAGAAGCAAAAAAAGUGGAGAUUGAGGACAAGGACAUAGGAGUUCUAGAUGAUGUCGGCAAAGAACCGGUUGAGAAGAGCGAGGAAGCCUUAAAGAAAAUUCUGGUCCGAGAAGAGGAUGAAGAGCGCUUCUUACUUCUCAGCUUAGGUUUGGCCGAGGAUGAGAAAGGGAGUUAG